AUGUCUCAUGGUGUGAUCCAGGCCAUGCAAGAGGUCUUGUCGGAGCUAACCUGGGCAAAAUGUCUGGCGGUGUUGAUCUUUUCAUGCAUCCUGACUCGUGUGAUCACUGGUCUGCGUAGCCAACGGAGAUCUGACCCGACAGAGGCGCGAACACCACGACUAGCUCCCUACUGGUUCCCCCGGUUCGGACAUGGGCCAUUCUUUCUAUGGAAUCAUGUUGCUCUCCUUGAAUCAUUACGCGACUCGAUGGCCGAGCCCGUGUUUGGGGUCUAUUUGCAAGGGGAGGUCCACAAGACUGUGGUGUCACCAGCAAUGAUCAAAACAGUCUUGUCGGGAGAGUCAUCUGAUAUGACAGUACUUGAUCAAGCAAUGCGAAAUGUCUUUGGCGACCGAACCAUGGUGCGCAGCUUACGUUCAAACCGCAACGAGGAAAUCAGUCAUGUCUCGUCAAUUAUCAGCCAAGACUCAUUUAUCUCUGAUACCUCAGCGGCAAUCACCCGGUUGCUACAGCGCAACGCUUCGAACCUGGUGACCUUCUCUCGAAGCCCCGUGGAUCAAGCUCCCUGGGAGCGCGACAGCUCCACGUCGGUAUUUGAACAGGACCAGUCAAUUUGCGAGGCGAAUCUGUUCGCACUAGUGAGAGAGUUUGUGGGCCACAACAUCACUACGUUAUUGCUAGGCGAGGCCUUCAUGGAAUCAUUCCCCAGUGUUCUCCAGCUUUUUUGGUCAUUAGAUGCCAAUUUCGUGUCGAUGUUUGCGGGAUUUAAACGAUGGACACCUACACCUGGUAUUUCUGCAGGACACGCUGCAAGAUAUCGUCUCACGCAUAUCAUGUCGGUCUUUUACCGUGCAUUUAGUGCCUGGGAUGAUGGCAUUGACCCAGGCAUCGAGCUCCGCGAUCUUGAUGAUGUGUCGGAACUGUUCAAGCAGCAAAUGCGAAACUCCAAAAAACUGGGCUUGUCGCCAAAAGCCAGUGCGGCGGGGAACAUGUCGCUUCACUGGGAUCUGAUGGAAUACAUCGUCAAAAUGACAUUCUGGAAUCUGAUCCACAUCUUUGCCGACGAAGAGCUGCUGAAGGAAAUCCGAAAGGAAAUGGCCCCGGCUGUAGACUCCUCACGCCCCAAUCGGCGAGAGACUGGAUUCCCAUUCGAUGAGCCCCCAAAGCUUGAUCUCGACAUUGAAAAAAUGCUACAGACAUGCCACCUACUGAAAGCUUGCCACUACGAAACCAUUCGUCUUCACUCUGCGGGAAUAUCGCUCCGGGAGUUAGAUUCGGACUUGACUCUUACGGAGUCGGCAGGAGAAGCCAUAGAGCCUCGUUCAUACAAGAUUCGAAAGGGCGAGAAGGUGCUUAUGCCUCAUGGAGUCUACCAGAACGAUCAAACGCGAUUCUCAAACCCAGAUCAGUAUGACCCGCUUCGGUAUCUCGUUACGGACCGUACAUCUGGUAACAAGGUGGCCAAUCCGGAGAUCCUCGGGCCUUUUGCAGAUGGUCUGUAUACGACGAAGAAUAACGCUUUCACCGAACGGGCUAUCCUGGCAUUCACGGCAUCGAUCGUGUCUAUGUGGGUUAUUUCCUCGCCAGAUGGAAAAGACCUCGUUGUACCCCCUCACAAGACGGCCUGGGGUGCUUUCCUGCCUGCGAAAGAUGUUAAGGUGCAUGUCAAAGCGAGGGUGUAG